UAUCCGGCCAUCAUCUCCUCUCCCGAGUCUUAUAAUAAUGAAUUGAAUCUUCAAAACAUCUCAAGAACUGAAAAUGGCAGAAAACCAAAGAACUCAUUCUUCUUUAUCAUCAAACCAAACAUACCCAAUCACCAUUGAAGAAGAAUCCAUAGCUUCUAUGCUUUCAAAACAAACACAACAUCCCAAAAACACCAGUCUUCUCCAAACCAACACAUUUCUCGCCGGAGCAAGAACCAAAUCCAUCGAUUGGAUUCUCAAAGCCAAUACCCAUCACUCUUUCUCCACCGCCACCGCCGUCCUCGCCGUCAACUACUUCGACAACCUAUUAUUAAACACUCUCCUCUUUCAACAAGAAAACAGACCGCCGCCAUGGACAACCCAUCUCGCCGCCGUAGCUUGUCUCUCUUUAGCAGCCAAAAUGGAAGAAACCCAUCUCCCCACUUUAUCCAAUUUCCAAGUGGAGAAGAAUGUGUUUGAAGCAAAGACUAUUCAGAGGAUGGAGAUUCUUGUCUUGUCUAAGCUUCAAUGGAAGAUGAACCCAGUUACCCCACUUUGUUUUCUUAGCUAUAUCGCGAAAAACCUGAAAUUUAAUCAUGAUUUCUCCGGCGAGUUUCUCCGGCGAUGUGAAUGCCUCUUACUAGAUUCUAUUUCUGAUUGUAGGUUUAUGAAUUAUCUUCCUUCUAUCUUGGCUGCAUCCAUAGCUACAUUAGUGAUGACAGGAAUUGCAGAUGCAGGAGAUAUUAAAGAUCACAUUUUUAGCAUCAUUCAAAUCCAAAAAGGAGAUGUAGAUGAUUGUUGUAAAAUGAUUAUUGAGGCAGUUUCAAGAAAUUAUUUGCAACCGGGCAGUCCUACAGGAGUGACGGAUGCCUCCUUCAGUCCUAUUGGGAACACUCUCAGCCCUGGCCGGACAAACAAGGAGGCCAAAAGUUGAGAUUUAUAUAUUUAUUGGGGUUUGUUUCUGUUUCAUAUAUUUUGUAUGUGGAAAUGGA